UGGGCAUAUUUUGCAUGUGAUAGCAAUGACUUAUAGUUUACAAAUCACAACGACUUGGCCAAAUCAAUAUAUGUUUCAUGCAGACAUUCUAAUCUAUUUUGAAGAACAAGGAAAUUUGUUUAAUCCAACUAGUAGUGAUAUUUUUGUUGGCAAAUAAAAAACAAAUGUGGACGGUUAAAAAAAUCUACGUUAUGUUCAUGUGUAUCAACGCUUGCAUUUCAGAAGGGUCAUCUCGGGAUUACUUUCAAAUCAUCACAAAUGCUGUAGAUUGGAACAGUGCAAAUAAGCAGUGCAGCAAUAAAAAUGGGACGUUGGUCAGGAUUAUAGAUUUAGGGAGGGCCAGCAAUUUAGACAAAUUAAAGCUUGCAGCACCGUUUUGGUCGUCAGUCACUGGAUUCUUUACUCCUUGGAUCGCGUACAGAGGAUGUUUUCCACAAGCUCCUCAAAGUACAUCUAACAUACGUUUGAGUCUGAACACUGUUGGGCAAUGUUUCUCUCACUGUAAAGCACACUUGGGGAGGAACUGUACAUAUUUCGCUUUACAGGGAGAUCAAUGUUUCUGUUUGUGCAAUUAUCCUAAACUGCCUCUUGCCGAUAGCAACAAGUGCAACAUAACAUGUAAUAACUCCACGGAGGAUGGAUACUGCGGAGGAAAACAACACAUGACUUUGUAUGAAGUACGAGAUGAACAUCGGUACAGAGGGGAUGGGUUUUGUUUGGCAUACAGCUGUACAUCACACGAGCGGGUUUAUCUCGGGGAAGACUGUGAUGAACAACACGAAGGAUUUUGUGUGAACAGAUCAUUAAAGUUAGAAGUCCAAUCACGGAAGACCUGGAAUGGAUAUGCAGCUGCCUGCAAGAAGCUAAAUUAUUUCUUACCCGUCUAUAUAGAGUCAACUUCCGGCACUCGAGCAUGCCAAGGGUUUGUUUGGAAUGGAGUCAGAAGUUACAAAUAUGAUAACCUUAAUGGAACCAAACAUUGUUACAAAAUUACGUUGGAAUCAGAAGCACUGGUGUAUAAGAAGGCUAAAUGUCUUUCCAAAUUUCGCUUUGUCUGCAGAACUUUCCUCCCACUUCAUAGUCCUGACACGACGCUCACACCAAAUACAGAACAAUCCGAAAACCAGACUAAUAAAGGAUCAUCUCGGGAUUACUUUCAAAUCAUCACAAAUGCUGUAGAUUGGAACAGUGCAAAUAAGCUGUGCAGCAAUAAGAAUGGGACGUUGGUCAGGAUUAAAGAUUUAGGGAGGGCCAGCAAUUUAGACAAAUUAAAGCUUGCAGCACCGUUUUGGUCGUCAGUCACUGGAUUCUUUACUCCUUGGAUCGCGUACAGAGGAUGUUUUCCACAAGCUCCUCAAAGUACAUCUAACAUAAGUUUGAGUCUGAACACUGUUGGGCAAUGUUUCUCUCACUGUAAAGCACACUUGGGGAGGAACUGUACAUAUUUCGCUUUACAGGAAGAUCAAUGUUUCUGUUUGUGCAAUCAACCCCAAUUGCCUCUUGCCGAUAGCAACAAGUGCAACAUAACAUGCAAUAACUCCACGGAGGAUGGGUACUGCGGAGGAAAACAACACAUUACUUUGUAUGAAGUAAGAGAUGAGCAUCUGUACAGAGGUGAUGGGUUUUGUUUGGCAUACAACUGUACAUCACACGAGCGGGUAUAUAUCGGGAGAGACUGUGAUGAACAACACGAAGGAUUUUGUGUUAACAGACAAUUAGAGUUAAAAGUCCAAUCACGGAACAUUUGGAAUGGAUAUUCAGCUGCUUGCAAGAGGCUAAAUUAUUACUUAACCGCCCAUAUAGAGUCAACUUCCGGCACUCUACCAUACAAAGGUUUUGCUUGGAUUGGAGUCAGAAGUUACAAAUAUGAUAACUUUAAUGGAAACAAACAUUGUUACAAAAUUACAUUGGAAUCGGAAGUACUGGUGUAUAACAAAUCUGAUUGUCUUACCAAAAUUCCCUUUGUCUGCAGAACGUUUUCCCCAUUUCAGAAUCCUGACACGACGGUCACACCAAAUACAGAACAAUCCAAAAAUCCGACUAAUAAAGCCGUCGGUUUAGUAGCUGGGUCCGUCACCGGAGCACUUAUCCUUCUAACUGCUACAUUUCUCACAAUCUUGUUUGUAAGGAAAAAGCGAAAAGCAAGGAACCAUAUGCCUCCAACUGUCCAAAAUGUACUGUACGAACUCUCCGAGACAGGUCAUAUAGUGGAUGGACAAAAAGACGCCAUUUAUAUAAAUGGAGUCGUGAAAAACACUAACUCCACACAGUGUACAUCUCAAGACGCAGACCAUACCUAUAUAGACAGAUCAGAGGGGGAGUAUGACCGAUUGCACACUUCAUUUCCUAAAACAUGCACUAAUGAAGAAUCGCACUAUGACAGAUCAGACAGUACGUACUCCACCACCACGAGAGACGAACACACCGACAAAGUGUAUGGAUCCCACUAUGACAGCAUGGCAUCUCUAGAGAAAAAUACAUACGACUCAAAACCCAAUGAACAUAACAAAGUGUAUGGAUCCCACUAUGACAGCAUGACAUCUUUAGAGGAAAAUACAUAUGACUCAAAGCCCAAUGAACAUAGCAAUGUGUAUGGAUCCCACUAUGACACCAUGGCAUCUCUAGAGGAAAACUCAUCUUAAAGGUUAAGUGUCACAAAGGUUUAGAAACGUGUUUCCUACUAUUUGUUUCUGCAAUACACACAAUGACCUUGAAAAUGAGAUACACUAUAUAAAUUGCCCACUUACUCCUGAAAAUUAAAGACAAUCAAACAAAACAUCAAACAGUUGUGAAACGUGGUGCUUUGUAGAUGUUUUUCUAACAAUUCAACAAUCUGCAAUUCAUACCAUCGUAUUUUAAAGGAAAAAAACCCCUUCCAAGUAUUUUGUUUGUUUGCAUGUACAUGUAGUUUUACGUUCCAUUAGAGAAUUUUUCACUGAUGUAGAGACGUCACCAGUUGUAGGUGAAGUGCCACAAAGUUUUACCAAUGCAUGGCGCUUAGACCGUAGCUGUGAGGGCUCUUUAUUGUAGCAACAUGUAACGUCCCACGGCAUUCUCGGUUUAACGUCAUAUUCGAAAGACCUACAACUUUCACUUCUGAUUCCGGACGCUUGGCGAAUAAACACUCGCCAAUUAUGCUAAACGUCUUAGGUUUGACGCGGUGCUCGGAUCGAGAAUCAAACCGGGCAUCCCGCGAAGCGAGCGCCCUAACUCCAGGCACCUGAAAACUAAUAAGAAAUUUCCUGAAUGAUAAUUUCCUGAAAAUUCGUAGAUUGUUUGUCCACGGCAUUUAUUUUUCCAAUUCCUGACGUCAUUUUGCACAUUUACCAAAUUCUUGCGUUACACAGUUUAUUUGAUAUUUGGGUCCAAACGUCAUGUGCAUGAGCCCUAACUCAGAAUACCCGUCCGCGAAGUAAUGCUCUAAAGGUAACAAGUAUAUAAAGGAAAAAUCAUAAAAUGAAUAGAGAUAAUAUCUACAUACGUUAACUGAAAACUUUGUGAUCCAUAUGGGCACCGCCAUUUUGUUUUGUUCCUUAGUUGCUUCUACAGUUAUUAGUGUUUUAAUUUUGAAUGUCAAAAAUACAAGACUGACGUGCAAUUUGUAAUCCAAACACUCAGUUUCUUAAAAUUGAAUGGUACAAUUAUUAUUGUUACAGUUUUUAGCCAAUCAUUAAACAGAAAAACAGUAAUACGACCAAAUAAAUGAACAAGUUCAUGAGUUUCUUUAAAUAAAAAAAUACACGAAAUAUGUACUCUUACUUUUUACCAUUUUGAAUUUGUUGGUUAAAUUUGUUUUUUGAAUUACAAACGGGGUAUAUUGUUGUUGUUUAUAAUUGUUUGAUUUGAAAAAGAGAGAACAAUCGUAGCUACAUGUAAAUAUGACAUCACAAUGCACGGUUUACGUUGGCUAUAGAGAACCAGCUUAUUGAAAGACCAUUUUGCACUGGGUGAUUAGUAGUUAGUCUGAUCCCCUAUUAUGGUUUAUAUAUUUUUCAGCAUUUUCGUCAUUUCCAAUAAAUUUUUAAUCUCAA